GUUGGGGAUAUUUUCCGAAAUGGUUGUUAAAUGCAAAAUAGACAUUGACUGAAGACGUAAAACCAGUAGAGUGUGUACAACGGAGCACAAGUACGAGUGUGUGUGCUAGCCACUAGGCGAAUACCAUACCACUCUUCCCUCUUUAAACAAGCACACAGGUCAAAAAGACGAAACACACAGAGACAGAGACAGCCUAACUUCAACGCCGCCUUCCAUAUUUUGAUAUUUGCAUGUGUAUUUUUUGCUACCAUGCGCCCUCCUUGGCCUGGCGCAACCUAGCCUCCUGCUUCAGAUUCUUCCCUAUUAUAAUUUUUAUAAUUAAUUAAACUAGUUACAAAAACAGUUUAAACAAGCAUAAUUCAAUUCAAGGCACCUAUUUCCAUUUCCAUUUGCAUCAACAAACAACCACCACCACCACCACCACCACCACCACCAUCCCAUCUCAACUGAGAGUUUCAAAGGACUGUGUCUCUGCAUGUUCAUAUACUUGCUCCUUGAUCUUUCAGACAGUGGAGAUGAAAGAUUUGAGUUUGUGUUGUAUGAAAUUUUUUGGGUAAAUAGGUUGCCCCAUUAGACUAAGCCUAAUUGUCAACGGAGAGGAGCCCUGAGAAAGGAUCAUGAGCUGCUUCAGCUGCUGUGAAGAAGAUGAUAUCCAUAAAACUGCUGACCAUGGACCAUUCAUGCCAAAUAAUUCAGCGGAUCAUUUAGGCAGUAGUGCAGGCCAUUAUGCCAGAGAAGCUGCACCGAAGGAAACCCAGACUAUAGCUAUCCAACCCAUUGCUGUGUCUGACAUUUCAGUGGAUGAGUUGAAGGACAUUACAGAUAAUUUUGGCACAAAGGCCUUGAUUGGUGAGGGCUCAUAUGGAAGAGUAUACCAUGGUGUUCUAAGAAGUGGACCUGCUGCAGCUAUCAAGAAGUUAGAUUCCAGUAAACAACCCAAACAAGAAUUCUUGGCACAGAUCUCCAUGGUAUCAAGACUAAAACAUGAAAAUGUCAUUGAGCUUCUUGGUUAUUGUGUUGACGGCUCUCUCCGAGUCCUUGCUUAUGAAUAUGCACCUAAUGGAUCUCUUCAUGAUAUACUCCAUGGACGGAAGGGUGUCAAAGGAGCACAGCCAGGUCUAGUUUUGUCGUGGGUUCAAAGAGUUAAAAUUGCUGUUGGAGCAGCAAGAGGACUUGAAUAUUUACAUGAAAAGGCUCAGCCACAUAUCAUCCAUCGUGAUAUUAAGUCCAGCAGCAUACUGCUUUUUGAUAAUGACGUGGCAAAGAUUGCUGAUUUCGAUCUGUCAAAUCAAGCCCCUGAUGCAGCAGCACGCCUUCAUUCUACACGUGUUCUUGGGACUUUUGGUUAUCAUGCUCCAGAGUAUGCUAUGACUGGACAAAUCAGUUCAAAGAGUGAUGUCUACAGUUUCGGUGUCAUCUUGCUGGAACUUUUAACUGGUCGUAAACCUGUCGAUCAUACGUUGCCACGUGGACAGCAGAGCCUCGUCACAUGGGCUACACCAAAACUCAGUGAAGAUAAGGUGAAGCAAUGUAUUGAUGCUAGACUGAAUGGAGAAUAUCCUCCCAAGGCAGUUGCAAAGUUGGCUGCUGUUGCUGCCUUGUGUGUGCAAUAUGAAGCUGAUUUCCGCCCGAAUAUGAGCAUUGUAGUCAAAGCUUUACAGCCUCUAUUGAAUGCUCGGUCUGGUCCCCACAAUUGAAACACUAAAAAUUUGUGAAUUCCUUGACCCCCACAAUCAUUCCUACGUUGGACAUAUUAUUGAGAUUUGUUCUGUAUACAGAUGACGCACCAUCAUUGUUCAUUUUGGUCAUUGAAAACUUGGUUGUAUCCUACUUUGUAAUAUGCGUCUUUUACAAGGAUUUUUUUGUGUUGCU